AUGGCGCUGCCAGGUCCAUCAAGCGUCGAUAAAGCCAAAAUCAAGCUAUUGUUGGCAACGCAUUCGACGUACACGCCGCAAAUUCAACUGACCUGGAUGGGCCAAGCCGCAGUACACGAAAUCAACGAAGUGUUCGAGGAGCGUCGCGCUCGGCAGCGCGCAGAACAGGCGCAACAGGCUGAUAAUGACAAUGGCACAGCUGUGCACAAUGCAGCCAACCCUAAUGAUGCAACUAUUAAUAAUUGCGACAGCAGCAUCAACAAUACGAAAGACAACAGCGAUAACAGAUUAUCCCAGUGCGAUGUAGUUGACGCGCCAGCGCCCAGUAAGAUGACGGAAAUUACAAGUCAGCAUGCAACAAGUGCUGAGAAUGGCAACAGUCUCUCAGUGGUGUCAUCAGCAACAGACAACAUCACGCCUCGUUGCCGUACCACCACAGAACUCAAAGCUUUACCACCACCACCUCUCAGUCCCACAAUGCAUGGCUUAGAGAAUAGGCAACACGAAGAUAGCUCCAGCACUGAUGACCGCAGUGAAGAUGCCUCUACAAGCAGCGCCCAUACCAGCACCACAACUCAAGAGGAUGUAAAUAUUUGGGCAAAUAAAUUUCUACGUGAUUUGGAUAACUUAAUGUCAUUGACACGUCCACUUUCGCUAAGCGCCUGUUCGUCGCCAACAUCGAAGACAUCACCACAAUUACUGUCCGCUGCCGCAACGGCCGCCAUACAGAGUCGAUAUGGUCGUUGUACAGCUGAGCGUGCGGAACAUUGUAUGGCCAAUGGACUGGUUGUGUUGCGCCCAGAGAAACAUACAACCAUUCCAUUGCAAUCAUUUAACCUUGAUUGUGGACGUCUCGAUAAUGGCAUAAAUGCCGACAACAUCAACAACAGCAGCAAUGUCAGCAGCACCCCGGUCGCCAAGCCAACUGUUGCCUAUAUGCGCACUUUAUCGGCACCGACAGCAUACCACCAACAACAACAACAACCGCAACUACCGAACGAAGUUGUCGGCAAAUCACAGGCGGCCUACAGUGGCGGCAAUGGCAAUCGCAACAAUUUAGCAACAUUUAAUGCCACAACCGAGCAGCAUCAACAUUAUCAUAAUCUGACAAAUUUACAAUGCGGCAACGAUGCGCUGGCAACAAGUGCGCUAACAACAACAACUGCUACUAAUGCAGUAACAGAAAAAACAAGCUCGCCAACAACAGCGACAGUAUUGAAAAUUGAAGAGACAGCACCAACAGCAACAACAAUAGCAGCAGGUGCUGCGGCAACUAAACUGGCGACGACGACAAGUGGCAACCGUCGGCCAGCAAUGGCAAUGACAACAUUAAAUGGUUGUGUCGCCGCCCAAGAAACCGAUGAGGAAUCACUUAAAGGUAGGCGACAGCGUCAAUUGGAAAACGAUAUGGAAACAAUGCGCGCCGGCACAGCAGCAGUGGCACACUGGACACACAGAGAAAGCCAAAACCAAAACCAAAGCCAGAGCCACCAUCAGCAGCAGCAACAACAACAACAGCUGGUCAGUGGCGAUAAAAGCAGCAUUGGUGGCAACAUUAGCAGUAGCAGUGGCUUGGCGGCAAUGCUGGCAAUACCAAAACGGGAGCGCAUUAAUCAUGCGACAAUGACAACACCAAUAUCAACCAUAGCUACCACAAAACUAGCCAACACAGUGCUGCUGCCAUCUACACUGCUGACCUCAUCAGCAUCAAAGAGCAAUGGUGGCGGCGGCAACAGCGGCACAACGUCUUUGUUGUUAAAUGGCAAUGAUGUGACCAAAAAAGGAUCCACCUCUACGAUCUGGACAUCUGAGGAGUCAAUAUUGCGGAGUGUUGGCGCCGUCGAUGAAGACAAUAACUCCACUUCAUCUUCGGCAUGUGAAGAAGCCUCCGGCGUACUCAGCUCUGGCAAGUCGGGCAUUUCGCUCGACUCCUCCGGCCUGGACAAUGACAACAACGAAAGUGGCAUUGGUACGGCAACGCCACCCAAAGACAUCGCGUACUGGAAAAAUCAACAUAACGACAACGAAUCGGUGAGCAGUUUGGAUGCGCUACGUAAAAUGAAAUUCCAGAAAAGCAGUUCAGUAGCUUCCUCAGAUGAUCCAGACCUCUUAGAAGUACUCAGCUUGUGCGAUGAGCCCCAUAGUCGUGGUGAUGAAGACAUUGGCAUAAAUUGCGGCGAUGAGUCACACGAUGACAUUGACGAUCAGCGUCAACUACAACGACCACCAACAGCUGCCACAGCUGCAGAUAAACUAAAACACAAGUUCCAACUACAACACCAACAACAGUUGCAACAGCAUUUAUUGCGCACCUCACGUCAACGUCAACAUCAACGCAUGCGACAAGAUGACAGCGAUAACGUUGACAGCAAUGAUGCGCUCGAAACGGCAGAAGCCGGCGAUGAUGGCGUUGUGGAUGUUGCCGAUUUGGCAGACGAAUAUGAUGAGGGCCACGAUGAGUUCGAAGUGGGACCCUAUUGCGAAUGUGAGUGCAAUGAUGGUGAUGCAAGCAGCGCCAGCGGCAGCGGUGGUGGCGGCAGUCGUAGCGGCUCCACAUCGGCCAACGAUAUAGCUGCCAGCAACAGUGUGGUACUGCGUCGCAAAUUCAGUGCCGCCACUACGCCAAUUAUGAUGCCCUAUGGUGGGCCAGCCAGCGCUGGUGGACGUGCACAGAAAUGUCGCAGUCACUCGCUGGAUACGUCGUCGCUACCUGCCGUCUACUAUCAAUACUCGCCACUACAACAUCAGCAUCCACAACAGCAUCACCCACUGACGCGUAAGUUUCAUCAACAUCUGCACGGACGUAGCAGGGAACGUGGUCAAUUGUCGCUGGCACUGCGUCAGGAACCAUUCCAGUCUUUGCUAUCGCCGACGCACUUUGCCGAAUUACCCUCACCGAGCAGUGCAUCGCUGCACAGCGGGCACGAAAGUCUAGGCAUACAAGAGCUAACGACCAAGUCAAACUCGGCGCCAUUGCUGCUAAAGCAGGAGAAGACGCGACGUGAUGAUUUUGCCGGCCAGAAGUUGACGCUGCGUUAUUCACGGUCGCAAAGUGAUCGCUACUUAGCAGAGCUGGGAGGUCUGGAUAUAAUGGUAGCACAGUGA